CUUUCUUUAUUGUUCUUUCCAGGCAGACAAGACUGGCUGUGCAACGUUUUCCUUCAACAUGUCAAUUUUUACUAAAGAUGACCAAAAGGUGCUUCAAGAUGUUCUGGAUAUCAGGGCCAAAGUGGAAGAAGAGGGAACAGGUAUUUCACACCCUCAAGAGAAGAGAAUCAGGAUUUCUUAUGUCCUUGGAAAAGUGUCUUUCAUUAAUGUGCCCAAGGUUUGGGAACGGGGAUCUAAUGUGGAAGGAAAAGUCAAAGCAGUGUACCACAAUAAUACACCAGUUUGUGACGCACCGGUCUACCUGUUCACGGGACAAAUGUGGCAACCACGCUCACUACAAAAUCUGACAACUGACAGCAACGGUGUGGCCUCAUUUUCUUUCAGCACUGAUAACUUUGACCAGGAUAUCCAACUCCAUGCAAGCCUGACACCAUCAGUGGACUACCCAGGAUAUGGAACUGCAUACUAUGACAGGGAAUUUCACACAUUAUCCAUGUCCCAGCCGUCUUCUCCUGAUAUUAAAACAAUCAGCUCUCUAGAGGUACAGAUGAACGAUAAAGCAGUGCCCUGUGACGCAGAAGAAGACAUAUCAGUAAACUACACAAUAGUGGGAGAGUCUCCAGGGUCUGUGGAUGUCAUUUAUCUGGUGUUGUCCAGAGGAGCUGUCACCAUGCAAGGACAAAAGCAGGUUGAAGUGCAAGACAGAUCGGUGAAUGAGGGCCAGGUGUCCUUUAAAGUCAGAGUGUCUCCUGAGAUGGCUCCAGAGUUCCAGGUUGUGGCUUAUGCCGUCCUGCCAAGUGAGGAUGUAAUUGCCCACAGUGCUGACUUCUCUACUGACAAAUGCUUCAGCAACAAGGUUUCAGUGGAGUUUUCACCGUCUUCAGCCGUCCCAGGUGAAGAGACCAACAUGCAGGUGACGGCCCUGCCACAUUCUCUGUGUGGUGUGAGCGCCAUCGUCAAGAGCGUUCUCAUCAAGGAGCCUGGGAAGACUCUGGAUGCAGAUAAGAUAUUUGACUUGUUCCCACUCAAGAAAUCCUCAUAUAUCCCAUAUGAGGUUGAUGAUGCUACAGAAUGCCUUAAUGUGAGACCAAAAAGAUAUGUUUUGCCGUACCCCAGUCAAGAGCAAAAUGACGCCUAUGCAGUUUUCCAGAAAGUUGGACUGAAGAUGGCAACAAACUUGCUUAUUCGAUUGCCUUCAUGCCUCAAGUUCAAAGGAAAAGUCUACCAUGAAGGCUCUCAUCGUGUCGCCUACGAUAUGCUUCCGGAUGUUAGACAUUCUUCUGAUCGUGAUCUGGGAUCUGCUGGGCAUCUUGCUCCUGAAGCUGCACCAAUAGAGACAGUUCGCUCUUUCUUCCCUGAGACUUGGAUUUGGGAUCUGGUGGAAGUUGGAGAUGAUGGAAAAAGGGGCGUGUCCCUGACUGUCCCAGACACCAUCACCACCUGGGAGACGGAGGCUUUCUGUUUGUCCUCUCAGGGUUUUGGUUUGGCUCCUCGUAAAGAAAUGAAAGUCUUCCAACCUUUCUUCCUUGAACUCACCAUGCCCUACUCCAUCAUCCGGGGGGAGCACUUUGAACUGAAGGCGACUGUCUUUAACUACCUGACCAGCUGCAUCAUGGUUACUGUCACUCCUGGGCCGUCCUCAGAUUACACCCUCACUCCUCUCUCUGGUGAUCUGUACACAUCCUGUUUGUGUGCCAACGAGCACAAGACCCUCAGCUGGACCAUGAUCCCAACAGCCUUAGGGGCUGUGAAUGUGACUGUGUCUGCUGAGGCCGUAGCGUCCCAUGUGUCAUGUGAUAAUGAGGUUGUGAGCGUACCAGACAGAGGUCGCAUCGUGGUCACCAAAUCUCUCAUAGUGAAGGCUGAGGGAACUGAGAUGACAAAGACGUACAACUGGCUUCUUUGUCCAAAAGAAGCCCGCUGACAGAGGAAGCAGAGA